AUGACGGUGGCCGAAACCGUGUCACCGCGUUUCUUACUGAUCCUACCUACCCCUGCAUUCUCGGACGACCUUGAAUGGAUCACGGCAUACCUUACAAUUCACUCCCUUAGUGUCCCAAGUCGACGCUACUCCUUUCUUAUCUGGAUUGUUGUGGUUCUCUUUUUUCUUGCCUUUGCCAUCCUUCACUGGACAGGUUCAAGAGGUGGUUUUCUCGGAGCCCAUUGGACAAAAUGGACUCUCCGUCGGCGAACUUGGAGAAAAAAGCAUAACAUCGCACUUGCUCUCAAAAGAAAUGAGCCGCAACGCCAACCCAGUUCUUUGCCUUCCAAUGCCCAACUUCUUUGUUUGGCACUGCUCCUGGGAGGAUCCUUAGCCCUUGCAUUUGUCGGCCCAGACUAUAUUUCUCCCACUCUCAAAGUGUGGCAAGUUCGCCGAGACAUUACCUUCGUAGAGCCCCAGCGUCGUAGUUUUAUUCCGAACAUCACUCCCUAUCUGCCACUUCAACCACAAUACACUAUCGAUAAAGCAUGGUGGACUUCAUCAGCACGCGUAGGACAAAUUGCGUUUGCUCUCUUUCCUCUUUGCGUGCUUUUCGCCCUCAAAGCGCCCCCUUUCGCAGUCUUCGCCAUUCCUUUCAUGAUACAGUUCUUCUUCGACAAACUCGGUUGGCUUCAUCGUUGGACAGGCAGGCUAAUAUGGUUUCUUACAUCAAUUCAUGUUGCUCUCUGGAGCGUCCAGCUCGUUCGAGAUCACAAACCCAGUACUGGUCGUGUCGCAUACGUUUACGCUUUCUCAUACACACCCUUCAUCUUUGGCUGGAUCGCGUUUGCAUUGCUGACAUCCAUAAUCGUUCUGUCCAUGAACUCCAUUCGAAGGAACUUCUACGAAGCCUUCUAUUUCUUGCAUGUUUUGCUUGUCCCACUCAUGCUCGCCUCUGCCGCAUUCCAUCAUCCCACACUCUGGUGGUGGUGUUGGGGUGCUCUCGCAAUUUGGGUGGGUGAACGUCUUUGGCGGUGGACUUGGUGGUUUGCCACCAAUGCCCCCAUUCUAAAUAGCAGUUCGUCGCGACCGGCGAUGUCUAAGCGUUCACACCCUGCAAUAACUGCUACUGACACGCUCGAGAUGGAACGUCUUCGCCUCCAGUCACUGCAUACACUCGUUGAUUCGCAAUCCUUCCGUUCACCGAGCCCUUUGAACCCAUAUUAUCAGUCUGACAAACAAAUAGUUAGUCCACAUUCACCAUUGCUUCCCACUCGUCGUCUGCUCGCAGGAUCGCUCGAACCGGACACUGCUAGGUCCGCAAUAUACCAUCCCUCUCCAUAUAUUCCCCCUCCAGGGUAUGCCCACGCCGAGCUCCUCUCUGGUCAUACAGUGCGGCUGCGUCUUAUAACUCCUGGAUUCCUACCUUGGGCUCCGGGUCAACAUUUCCUCAUCAAAAUCCCCAGCGUCUCCCGAUUCACCACCCAUCCUUUCACCUGUGCCUCCAUAUGUGAGGGCCGCUUGAUCGUUAUGCUCAUCCGUACAAGAACCGGCUGGACUCGAGAUUUAUGGGAUUUGGUUUCACGUAUGACCGCUGAGCGGUCACCUGGUGACAUUCCAAUUUCCGCCGCAGAAAAUCUUCCCAAGUAUGGUGUCUUGUUGAGGACAUAUGUGGACGGACCUUUUGGUAGUUCGAUUCGCGCUCGUUGGGGCAACUACUCGACAGUGCUGAUCAUCGCUGGUGGCUCAGGAGUGAGCUUCGGCUUGUCUGUGCUGCAGUACAUUUGUAUGUGCCUUUCUGGCCGGGAUGGGAAGAGUCUGGGUGGCCAUCCUGGAGGUUGGGGGAAGAAAUCCUUCCUGACCAAACGAGUACGCUUCGUAUGGCUUGUCCGUGAAUAUUCUCAUAUACAGUGGUGUGCUUCUGUUGUUCGCCGCUGUCUUUCCUUGGUACCAUCGUCUGCAUUGCAAAUCGACAUCUUUAUUACCAACUUCAAACCCAUCGCUCUCAAGGAAUCCGAUCUGCUUCCUUUGCAGGUUCCUCAGCGGUCAUUCUUUACUUCUGAACCUGUUCAUUCUAAGGAACUGCAGCCUCCUCACCCGUCCUUUGCACGCGGCGGUCCUACAUCCCUCCGCUCUGAUUCCAGCGACUCCACCGAGAAUUACGAGAGUGAUGUUGACCUGGGCUACUACACUGGAGAACCUGGGGACCCAGUGGCACCAGAGGAAGAUAUUGGCUUUGCACAUGAGUCCCACAUGCUCGAGUUGACUAACUUCGAUGGUGACGAUGACGCCGCUCUGCCCGGGGAACACAAUUUAUCCCGCAAGGUGAAGAAGGAAGGCAAGUUGCGACGAGCUCAGUCGCGGAAGGUCACCAAUCAGAGAACGGUGCGGUUGUUGGAGCCUCCCAGUCGUCCUAACAGCAUGCAACUCGCUGCGAAUAGAGUGUCUGCUAUCUCUGCCACAUCGGGACUUUCUACGGACAGACUACUUCCUUUAUCUAUAAAUACGGACAGGAGUCUGCCUUCUCUCUCGGUGGUCGUCCUUCUCCAGCGGGUCGUACAGGGGCAUCAAUAUCCAUGUAUUCCGCCGGUAGCUGGGAAGGCAAAUCAGAUGCUGGCAGUUCUCGGGUUCGACAUCAGCGAGGAAGAAGCGUUGGAUAUCGAUGUUGUGGCAGAGCAUGCACGACCUGGUAAACCCAAGCUUGACAGGAUCCUUGCAGAUGAAGUCGAGCAGUCGGAAGGUCCUGUGAUGGUUGCAUGUUGCGGUCCCACCUCACUCAAUGCGAUGGUUCGCAAAAUCAUUGCCGCGCAGAUCGACCCUGGGCGAGUGUGGCGAGGUGAUAUGCGCGGGUCGAUAUCACUCGUUUCCGAGGAAUUUGAGUAUUGA